CUUUAGAUCCUAGUCCUGCUGACACCUCUCUCUCUCUCUCUCUCUCUCUCUCUCUCGCAGCAGUGGUUCAAAAAUGCCGUUAUCCAGUGCUGCAAUUGCUUCCAACAUUUCGAUCAAUUUCCCAUCUCUUCCAACUCCAAAGAUUGUUAAAUGUAGAAGCUUUCCAAUCAAUAAUAAUGCGAAUAUUGGUCAUCAAAGAGCCGCUGCAUUCAUGGUGUCCAGAAGCCUUUCUUUCGCUACGAAGUCGCUUUCUGGGGAUCGCAAUGCCUCAGUCGACGUUGAUGUGCCAUUCCCUAGUGAUUAUCCUGAGCUUCUUGACCAAGCCAGGAAAGCAACUGACUUGGCUUUGAAGGAUAACAAGCAGUUGAUGGAGAUUGAAUUCCCAACAGCUGGACUUCAAUCUGUACCAGGUGAUGGUGAAGGAGGAAUAGAAAUGACUGGAAGCAUGCAAUUGAUUCGUGAAUUUUGUGAUGGCUUCAUAAAUCCAGAGAAAGCCACAAGGACCAGAAUAUUUUUCCCGGAGGCCAAUGAAGUUACAUUUGCAAGAGAGUCAACCUUUGGAGGAACCUCCUUUAAGUUGGACUAUUUGACAAAGCCGUCAUUUUUUGAGGAUUUUGGUUUCUUUGAAAAGGUGAAAAUGGCAGAUCGUGUGAAGCUAGAGGAUGAACUGUUCUUGGUCGCCUAUCCAUAUUUUAAUGUCAAUGAAAUGCUUGUGGUAGAAGAGCUUUACAAAGAAGCUGUUGAGAACACUGCUAGAAAGCUGAUUAUUUUCAAUGGGGAACUUGACCGUAUAAGAUCUGGGUAUUAUCCAUCAUUCUUCUACCCGAAGCUGGCAAAACUUUCCACGACCCUCUUUCCUAAGAUGGAGACUGUAUAUUACAUUCACAAUUUUAAGGGACGCAAUGGAGGGACCCUUUUCAGGUGCUACCCUGGCCCCUGGAGAGUCCUCAGAAAAGUGGGGAACAAAUUUAUAUGUCUGCAUCAGCAGGAGAAAAUGCCUUCCCUCAAGGAAGUUGCGUUGGAUAUUCUAACGUCAGCUUGACAUGUCUGAGAGGCUUGGAAGUGCUCAUCUUAGAUGUACAGCUGGGUGUUACCUGAAAGGACCAAAUCUCCUUCAGGCUGCAUCAUUCUUCCAUUUAGUAUGUAUGUAGAAAAUCUACCAGGAAGGAAAAGCUGGUAUUGCUUAGUGAGUUUUGAAUGUAAAUACAUACAUUACUGGUUCUUGGAUAUUAAUAUAUAUGAAGAAAGGGUAUAACAUAUCACACUACUGCUUCGAAAUUUAA